UCAACAGCAGUGUCUGAAAGCUUAUUGGUGCCCGAACAUGAAGGGACUGAGCUUGGUUCUUCUGGCGCUUCUCCUGAUGCUUGCAGUCGGAGAGGGCAAUGAUCCAGAAAUGCAGUACUGGACUUGUGGGUAUAGAGGACUCUGCAGACGGUUCUGCUAUGCUCAGGAGUACAUCGUUGGUCAUCACGGUUGCCCUCGGAGAUACAGGUGUUGUGCUAUACGGUCUUAGCAGCUCCUGCAAGGUGUCCCGGCACGAGGGCCGAAAUCUUCAGCUCAAGCAGCUGGGAUCCUGGCAGCCGGCACAGCCUUCUUUCUCCGGAUAAACCAUCUUGAUAACUUUGCUGUCGAUCAGUCCCUCUUGGAUCUGACGCCGAGUGCUUUUGAAGUGGACUUUAUAUGCUGUACUAAGAACCUAACUCAUUUACUCAUGUCAUUGACUGAAGCAU